AUGGUCACCCUCAAAGUAACCAAAGGCAAAGUCCCCUUCCCCCACCCCUCCCUCCCCGCGAACUCAAACCCGCAAACAUCCUACCUCAUCCUCGGCGACCUCUCCGCCGGCGGCACGCCCCUCGUCGCACUCCACGGCGGGCCCGGCAUCCCGCACGUCUACCUCCUCCCGCUCCUCAAACACUACCACAGACGCACCAAGACGCCCGUCCUGCUCUACGACCAGAUCGGCUGCGGCGCCUCCACGCGCUACCCGGCCACCCGCGGCGACGAGUCCCUCUGGACCGUCGCGCUCUUCGUCGCCGAGCUCGAGAACCUGCUCGCGCGCCUCGGCGUCGGGCGGUUCGACCUCUACGGGCACUCGUGGGGCGGCAUGCUCGCGGCGGUCGUCGCGACGGCGUCCGCCUCGCCCGCGCUGGCGCCGCGGGUCCGGAGGCUGGUGUUGGGCAGCGCGCCGGCGAGUCUGCGGCUCUGGGAGGCGGCGCAGCGGGAGUGGUUGCGGGAGAUGCCGGGGGCGGUGAGGGAGGCGAUUGAGAGGGCGGAGGAGAGCGGGGAGUACGAGUCGGAGGAGUAUCAGAAUGCGGUGAUGGAGUAUUACAAGGUGCACAUGUGUAACAUCUGGCCUUUUCCCGCGGUGGUGGCGGAGGCCUUUGAGGAGCUGGAGAAGGAUUCGACGGUGUACGAGACCAUGAACGGGCCGAGCGAGAUUACGAUUAUUGGGAACUUGAAAACGUAUGAUUGGGUUGAGAGGUGCCGGGAGAUCGAGGCCCCGACUUUGAUAGUCCACGGAGAGGUUGACGAGGCGUCGGAGUUGGUGGUCCAACCUUGGGCGCGGAACAUAGCGGACUCGCAGCUGAAGAUGAUUGAGAAGGGGACUCAUAUGGUUCACUUGGAGCAGCUUGAGAAGUAUUCCUCGAUCUUGGAGAGCUUUCUUCAGGGUGAGUGA